CCUUUCCACCCCUCAUACCUUCACACUCAUCUCUCUGUCCCCCACACAAAUCCAAUGGCAACUUCUAUGCUCCUCUCGCUCAUUGUCCUUUUCUCCCUCCUUGCCCCCACCCUCAUCUCCUCCUCCCCCCUUCCUGACCCCGAAACAGUGGUACAAGAAUUACACAGGAAGGUCAAUGCAUCGAGGAGGAACUUGGGUUAUCUUUCCUGUGGUUCCGGAAACCCCAUCGAUGACUGCUGGCGGUGCGACCCCGACUGGGAGAAGAACCGCCAGCGGCUGGCCGACUGCGCCAUCGGCUUCGGCAAGAAUGCCAUUGGGGGGAGAGACGGGAAGAUUUACGUUGUGACGGACUCCGGCGACGACGACCCGGUGAACCCGAAGCUGGGGACGCUCCGGUACGCAGUGAUCCAGGACGAGCCUCUGUGGAUCAUCUUCGCACGAGACAUGGUGAUCCAGCUAAAGGAGGAGCUCAUCAUGAACUCGUUCAAGACCAUCGACGGCCGGGGAGCGAGCGUGCACAUCUCCGGCGGGCCUUGCAUUACGAUACAGUACGUGACGAACAUUAUUAUACAUGGGAUCAACAUUCACGAUUGCAAGCAGGGGGGGAACGCUAUGGUACGGAGCAACCCACGGCACUACGGAUGGAGGACGAUAUCGGACGGCGAUGGGGUGUCGAUAUUUGGGGGGAGCCAUGUGUGGGUGGACCACUGCUCGCUCUCCAACUGCCACGAUGGCUUGAUUGAUGCAAUCCAAGGGUCCACGGCCAUUACCAUUUCCAACAAUUACAUGACCCACCAUGACAAAGUCAUGCUGCUGGGCCACAGCGAUACCUACACUCAGGACAAGAACAUGCAGGUCACCAUUGCCUUCAAUCACUUCGGGGAAGGUCUUAUUCAAAGAAUCCCUAGAUGCAGGCACGGCUACUUCCACGUGGUGAACAAUGACUACACCCACUGGGAAAUGUAUGCCAUUGGAGGAAGCGCUGACCCCACCAUCAACAGCCAAGGCAACCGAUUUCUGGCUCCCAGUGACAGGUUUAAGAAAGAGGUGACAAAGCACGAGGAUGCACCUCAGAGUGAAUGGAAAAACUGGAACUGGAGAUCGGAGGGAGACUUGAUGCUGAAUGGAGCCUUCUUUACACCAUCUGGUGCAGGAGCUUCGUCCAGCUAUGCCAAGGCAUCUAGCCUUGGAGCCAGGCCAUCUUCUCUGGUGGGGCCCAUCACCGGGGCUGCGGGUGUACUCAGCUGCAAAAAAGGUUCCCGCUGCUGAUCAAAACCCUAAAUUCAACUCCACUUUAGUGGAAAAUUAAGGGUACGAGGGAAGAAAAAUGAAAGGAGGGCACAAGAAGUCUAAGUCGUAUCUACCGCUUGGAUUUGCUUUUUUCUUUUCUUUGCCCCCCCUUUUUUUUACCUUUGAAUUCUCCCCGCCCCAGCAACCUAAGCUAGCUAGCCUCCCCUCCAGUUUUAUAUAUAUUUUUUUCACCUUUUGUUUUUGCUUGUGUUUUUUUUUUUUACUUGAUUGACGUCAAAUGUACAACCUCGGCCUGCAGCUCUGGGCAACCAUUGGGGAUGCUUUUGUCAAUUCCUCUUGGCCUCGAGAUAGCAAGGUUCAGAAGUGUUGAUCAUUUAUCUCUAUAUACAAUAUAUACAUGAUUAGUUAUCUAUUUACACA